AUGGCCGCUGAAACUGUGGAUAACACUCAACCACUGCUUCAUGUCAACAUGAGCAAUGUCUCCAAACUCACCUCUCUCAACUAUGUCACUUGGAGUCUCCAAGUACACUCCCUACUUGAUGGCUAUGACUUAGCUGGUUUCAUUGAUGGAACCACACCCUCUCCGUCUCCAACUGUCACGACCAACGGCCAAACCAUCACAAACCCAGAUUUCACCAAAUGGAUGCGCCAAGACAAGCUGAUCUACAGCGGUCUUCUUGGGACACUCUCCCCCACUGUGCAACCUCUUGUCUCUACCACCAAAUCUGCAUCAGAAAUGUGGAGAUCUCUGGCUGACACAUACGCUAAACCAAGUCGAGGCCAUGUCCAGCAACUUUGA